AAAAAGUAUAUAUAUACAAACACAUAUCCAUAUACAGAUCGAAUUGAAAUCUCUCAAUGAAUGCAAAUGGUUUGCAAAGUUAUGAGAGCUUCACAGUGCCAAUUAUUCAUCAUCGGAAAAAGACAAACGGCACAAUGAAACUACGCCGUCUCCGGCCAUCCGUUGGCGCUGAAGUAAUAAAAUCAGGUGCCGAUUCUUAUAGAACGGGAACAGUAACGCCUUCCAAGAAUGUUUACAGGGAUAACUUUUUUGACCGUUUGGCCAUCAACCAUCUCUCCCAAUGCAUACAAGCUGCUUCAGGACUUCGAAAUAAAACAAGAGGGUACGACGGUUUAGUGGAGGCAGCAACAGCAGUUUCCCGAAACUUCGACUCGGCCCAACAGCAGAAAAUUGUCUUCCAAGCUCUUCAAAAUGCUAUUCCCGGUCCCAUUCUUUUGUUGAUGCGUAUGGUGCUUCCACGUUUGACGUUGGGAAGUGAAUACUGCGCCGCCUUCACCACACUUUUCUUUACCUGCCCCGCCCCGACCCAUUGCCAUUCGUAACGCCCCAGCCCAACUCUUACUUCUGGUUACACCCCUGAAUGUGGUCCGCGUCCUCAUUGUAAAUGGCAACUCUUAAAGGAUCGUAUUUAGGAUUGGUUUGAAACUGCUUUUAAAAAAAGCACUUCUUAGCUUUUGGCUUUAAAAAAUACUUAUUUUCCCAAACACUACAACUUUUAUUUUUCUCGGCUUCCGUGUCAAAAGUGUUUUUACUUUUUCUAUUACACAAAAAACACUUAUUUUACCAAACAAUACCCACUUUUACUUUUCAAACUCACUUUUUUCUCAAACACUAUCAACUUUUAUUUAAUCACUUCUCCUCAUUUCAUUAAAAAAAAGCACUUUUGUUGAAAAUAUGAGUAACAAUCGACGAAUUGGAAGAUGUAAUUGCACAAAAAAGAUGUAGAUAAUUUUGUGUAAAAAUCAUUCUUGAAUUCUAAUAAGGGUAUGUGAAUGAUGGAGCUGACAGAUGCGUAUGGUGCUUCCACGUUUGACGUUGGGAAGUGAAUACUGCGCCGCCUUCACCACACUUUUCUUUACCUGGCUAGUUGGUCCGUGCGAGGUGAAGAAGGCAGAAGGUGAAGAGAAAAGAGAAAAGAAUGUUGUCCACAUAAAGAAAUGCAGGUUCUUAGAGGAGAGCAACUGUGUUGGAAUGUGUACCAAUCUAUGCAAAAUCCCUUCUCAAACGUUCAUCAUGAAUUCCUUGGGAAUGCCGGUAAAUAUGGUUCCUAAUUUUGAUGAUAUGAGCUGUGAGAUGAUAUUUGGCGAGCAUCCUCCCUCACAAUCUGAAGAUCCAGCACUUAAUUAUCCUUGCUACAAAUCGUGUGAUCUAUCCCAGAAAAAGCACCACAAGAAAUGCAUUUAGCAAAGCAGCAAGCAACCUGAAUUAUCUCGACAUAAAUGGUGUGGCGACGGGUGGAUAUAGGGGAGGGGCCGGGGGCCUCGGCCUCCCAAUAAAAAAUGUGAUAUAUACUACUACGUAUCAUAUGUGUGUGUCAAAUAUUUAAUCCACCAAAACAUAAAUUCUUUAAACAUCGACCUCCAUAAUCUAUCAUUUCUAGCUUCGCCAAUCAAUGGCGACCACCUUUUAUAUCUUUUAUAUGCUUAAAUCCAAACUCCCAAAUCUUUCGCCUUUCCAUGAAUAUGAUGCCUCUUUAUUGUAUCAGAAAUGAUUUUCCUUCAAUCUGAACUUGUAGUCUUGCAAUAGAAUAUAAAAUUAAGAUGAUAAUGUAUGGAACAAAAGACGUUUUACUAUGGUUUCACCCUCUAUCUUAUUGUUAUGAAACAAUUUAUGAGUUUCUCUUUUCUAAUUAAC